CAGGCGCAAAAAUCCGUAGUGAGCAGGCGCCGAGCUGCCUGACGCGAGUUCGGCCUCUGUGUCCUGGCGGACGCUCCCGGUAUGGCCAGCUGGGUGUUCUGCAACCGCUGUUUCCAACCACCCCACAGGAAGUCGUCCUUUAGCCUGACCAGCUGUGGGCAUGUGUACUGUGACGCCUGCCUCUGCAAAGGUAGAAAGGAUGAAUGCAUGAUUUGUAAAGUUCCUUGUCGUACAGUUUUACUCACAAAACAUACUGACUCCAGCAUCCAGGCGUUCUUCAUGGGCAUAGACAGCUUGUGCAAGAAGUACUCACAGGACACCGCCCAGAUUUCAGAGUUCCAAGACAAGCACAGGAAGAGGCUGCUCACCUUCUAUCGAGAAAAGAUCUCACAGCUGGAAGAGUCACUCAGGAAGUCGGUGCUGCAGUUGGAACGGCUGCAGAGUAUGAAAUCAUCACAACAUACAGCUUUCAGCACCAUAAAGAAUUCAGUUUCAACAAAGCCGGACGGGUAUGUGUGGCUGCCACCUAACACAUCAGCCCCUGACAGGGUGGAGUCAAUGGAGAUUGACCUUACUCCUUCCCCAGUGAGGAAACCUGAGGUUGCGGUGGGCCCUGUGAGAAUCUCCGUGAUUAGUCCGCCUCAGGAUGGGCGCAUGGGCUGUGUCUCCUCCUGGGGCCCUCAGCAUCCAGGCCUGACACUUGGCCCAACACCCAGCCAGGCGAACACCGUGAAGGCUCUCAGGGUGCCACCACUGCAGGUGCACUACAAGCUUCCGUCACCAGCUCUGGCGUCCCAGCUGCCUGGCAGAGCCGGAAGAGGGGCCUCCCCGAGACCUGGGAGCACCCAGGAGGGGCCCCGGCCGCCCAUCAGCAUCCCAGCACUGCUGCAGAGGCACAGCACAGGGCCGACUCCCUUCUGGGACCCAGCACAGGGCAGGUGAGCCAUCCCUGUGCUGCACCUCCCACCAAAGCUGUCUUCCCCCAGCCCGGUGGCUCGAGCUCCUCUGUGAAGAAUGUGGCUGUUGCUCCGGCGGAGAUCAUUAAGUAGUGUGACAGAAUAAAGCACUCUGGCUGU